UCACUCCACGGUAGGAAAUGGAAAUAGUCAUGUUUCUACUACUUCUACACAAGCUUCAGAAUCAACAGUGGCACUAUUGAGAGAGCAAACCCUCUUCUGUGGACAGAGCACAAAAUACCAGACCUCCAGUGUGAAUGCAGCAGCCACAUACUCAACAGCCGGGUCCCACAAAGUAUGAGCUUCAUGAAGGAAUAUCAACAUUGGCUAUACCUGGGCUUAGAAAUCUAGAAAUAUUUUUUUGCAGAUGACCAACAUAUAGGCAUGUAGAACUAAAAGAUGCUCAAAUGUGAACUGAGGGGGACUUGAGAUGGUUCCAGAACUAUAACUGAACUAUAAAAGGCAAACAUGCUCUGAUUAUUUUGGCAACCUCCAACACUGCAUAAAUGAUAGCGAUGCCAACAUUCCUCCCUCUCACAUGCUCACACCACUGUGCUUCCCCCUGUCCAGCGGGGGUCAAUAUUGACUUUUGAUGGCAGCCCUCCUGCCCGGGCAGAGAGCACACCUUUGUGGGUGUGUUCAUGUAGAACAGUGGUGUUUAAAGUCGGUCCCUCCAGGAACCGCUGUUGUCCUGCGUGUUUUAGUCCUUUCCCUGACUCAACACACCUGAAUCAAAUUAUGGUUCAUUAGCAGGAGGCAGUUAGGACCAUUUGAUUCAGCAGUGUUGGAGCAGAAAGUCAUCUAAAACUAGCCGGACACCCAUGACGAAGCUGCAAACGCAUGCACAUUAUGUGAGAGAUAACAGUCAUUACGCAAUUUAUGGACCACCAUGCGUCUAUAAGCUGUUUUGAUACUGGUUUAUGUGGACAGCGGUGCCACUUUGGUUUGAGGGAUGUUUUCAUCAUGGCGGCAUCCAUUUCAGGCUACACCUUCAGUUCUGUGUGUUAUCACAGCGCUAACAGCAACUCAGAUCAUGAGGGCUUCCUAUUAGGAGAUGUAAGGCAGGAAGAGACUGUCAGCAUCAGUGAUGCACAGAUUAGCAGUUCGGAGCUGGUGCAGGUAGUAGAAAUUCAUAAUCAUGACCCUUGUGCACAUUUAUUUAGCUUUUACGACUUUGCAGGUAAAGUCAGUGAAGAAAAUCUCAACAGCAUUCUUAAAGAUAGGCGAAAAAAUGUCAUCGGUUGGUAUCGAUUCCGGAGGAACACGCAGCAGCAGAUGUCGUUCAGGGAGCAGAUCAUCCACAAACAGCUCACUCAGCUGCUCGGUGUGCCCGACCUCGUCUUCCUUCUUUUUAGCUUCAUCUCUACAGCCAACAGCUCCACGCACGCACUGGAGUAUGUGCUCUUCAGGCCAAACCGAAGUAGGUACAACCAGAGGAUUAUACUCACGAUCCCAAAUCUCGGCAACACAAGCCAGCAGGAAUACAAACUCUCCUCAGUACCCAACACCUCACUCAACUAUGCCAAGGUCAUCAAAGAGCACGGCGCCGAGUUCUUUGACAAAGAUGGUGUAAUGAAGGAUAUCCGAACAAUAUUCCAAGUCUACAAUGCGCUACAAGACAAAGUGCAGGCUGUUUGUGGAGAGGUGGAGCAAAGUGAACGUGUUAGAGAAAAACUUCAAGACGAGGUGAACAAACUCAAACAGCAGAUCGCUCUCAGGAAACGCUUAGCUGCAGAGGAGGAAAGAAGGCUCCGUGAGGACGUCCGCUCCCCGCCUGAGGAGAACACGGAACCGUGCGAGGCGGCCUCCAUUCUUUCCAGAAUAGCUUUUGACGCACCCUCAGCCCCGGAGCGACCCAGCACCUCACCAAACCCCCCGUCGUACACUGACCUCUUAUCCCAAGACGACAAUCUGCUCUCCUCCUCUUCCCCGCCAACCAGGGCCGCUCUGUUGCCUCGGCCCCAAGCCGUGGGCUCACCGGGUCACCCGUCCCCAGCCCCCGUCCAGACCGACCUGGGACUCGGUCUCAGGCAAGGAAUGGGCCUCGGUGCCAGUUUGAGCCCUGUUAGCACUCCCAGCACCCCAUAUCUGGGCAACGGCGAUGGCUCGAGCUCUGAUUCUUUAGACAGACAAGCUGCUGGGCAAGAGGACGACGAUGACGAGGAGGAGGACGAAGACGACGAGGACAGUAGUGAAUACGAGAACUUGGUGAGCGAAGGGUCUCAUUUGCCUCUGGUCUCAGCCAGCGUUUUAGCUCAAGGCCGACCGGCUGCCCUCGGCCCCGACGGCGACUCCCGCGACUCACAAAUGACAUAGAAACACGCUGCAGGAUGAGAGAGGGGCGCGAGUCAGCGGCACACCAGUUGGUGGGAAUCUGAAGCAAUCAAAGAUGAGCAAAUGUAGAGAAAAAGAAGUGCCAGUCCUGAAAGUGAAAGGCAUACACACAUGGUUUCCAUGUGUGUAUGAACUGUGUAGUUCAGUCAUAUUUUAGGGGAAACCUUGCAAGGCUUUGCAGAUAUGUCUCACUGGGGUAAAAGGAAAAAAAACAACUUUUUUUUUCUUUUUUUUUUUUUUUUUUUUUUACAUAUAUAUAUUCUUGAGGCCAUUCAAGGUACUACAAUGUGGACCUGUCUGAUUUCCGAGUCAGAUGUGGAUUCCACAAAGCAAUUUCUGCCAGCUGGUUGGCUAACUUGCUUGUGAUAAAACGGCUCUACUCUCUACGUAUGUUUUUCUGCAUUCUUUGUGUCGCGUUUGCAUCAAAGGCUGAAGCGUCGUUUUACUUCUUGCACAAUUUAUUUUUUCUUAUUCCUUUUUUUUCUUUUUUCCUUUUGAGCAAUCCCUUUAAGAAAGUAAAGGGACAUGUUCUGCUGCCUUUAAACAAUAUUAAACAAAGGCAAAUGAUUACUGACUUAUUUGACUCUGUUCUACAGCGUCCGAUGAUUAAAGUUGCCUGUUUAAACGAUGAAUAGAUUUCAAGUCAAAUUUACUCUGCCACUUCCAUAAUAGGUGCUUUAUAUUCAUAAUAUGUACAUGUAUUGUCACAUUAACAGUUUCUCUACUUUGAGAAUAUUAGUGACUCGUCUCUAGGAUUUAUGUUCACGUGUUUUGCUGCACUUAAAACUUAAGAUUCCUUUCUAUUUUUGCUUUACCAAUGCUGACAUAUUGUGUUGUUUUUACAGUCUCGGCUUAUUUUUUUUUUUCCUCCUCUCUGUCUUUAUUUUCAUUGUACAGGGUUCACGGGGCAAACACGGUGUACUGUAGCUUUACUAACAAAAUGCUUAAAGUUCCCUUUGCUGCUGCAACACAGAGAGAGAGCCACUAGUAAAAGUUGCUUCUGUCUGUUCGUUUUUCAUAUAAACACCUGGCUGCUACCUUCAUUUUUACCGUGCUGGUUGUCUCAAUACUACUGACCGUGCUCAUAUAACCACUUCCAACACGCUUUAUUACUGGAGCGUCUCUAUGAAAGCUGUAAAGAAAGGCCUCUGGAGUGUGUCAAUUUUGACAGUGGGAAUGAAUCUCUUUGCCUUCUUGUCUUUGCUUAGUUAACAACAACGCUAACGCAUUCUCAUCUGCUUGGGCCGACGUUGCGUGUGUGCACCUAGAUAAUGUGAUUUUUUUCUUUUUCUUUUUUUCCAUAAAACAUGACCCUGCUUUAGUAUACAGUGCCUUCCACUCUGGGCAGUCUGUGUCUGUGCUCAGAAUCAAGAUUUAAGGAGAGCAGUGAAAGUAGAUAAACAUCUUCUGUUUUUUUCCAUUAUCAGCUUCCAGAGGGUUUUUUUUUUGUUUUGUUUUUUGUUUUUUUACUUAAAGGUACUGCAACUAUUUCUUCACUUCCUAAAUAUUUUCCAUGUAAUAGGCAUGGGCCGGUUCAGUUUCAAUAAAAAGAAAAUACUACAGUAUCAAUUUAUCUCAAAAAAGAUUGUAAACAAAUAAUCUAAAUCAAUUCAUUAACAAAGCAAAGGCAAUAGUUUUUACUGCUACUGAAAUAAUCUUCCUAUGUUGACUGUUACCGGUAUAAUAACACUUCCUGAAACCUCAGUUAUUUUAAUUUGGUGCAUGGACUACUAUGCUACUCCUUUUGUGACAGUGCCAUGAUUUAUGCGUUAGUGCUGUGUGUGGUUUCCGUAAUGGGAAAUGGUUACAAAUGGCUUAAUUUGUUUGGUAUAAGCAAGGGAAAAGUGCUGUAGUUUCUUUCAGGAAGCUGGCUGGCAGUGCACAGUAAAAGAGGAGAGUAUCACCCUGAGCUCUUCUGUGCUCUACACAGCAAAGUCUGAAGAGUUUAGUUCAUUAGGUCAGUAAUUCUCAAAGUAUGAUAACCUUGAGUAAAGACAGUUGUUUCUGUAUUUACAAAAACUAGAUUGUUCAACAUAACUAAAGAAAAAAAAAAUACAUAGAGAGCAAAAAAACUGUCCGCUUCUUAACAAACACGACUCCCUGAGAGCUGUUUACAAAAUGUGACUUUAUGAAAACUGGAAAUAUUUACAGAUUGGAUGUUAUUCUUGCCAUUAUGAGGACUCUGAAAACUGCCAUUUUCUUUCGCAUAUUUUCAAUAUUU